AUGUCCACGAACCCUUUCCGCCAGACUAACCGUAGUUCGUUGAAGGGCUCUGGCGGCAGCAGUACCCCCAACGUCCCCUCUCCGGACCCUCGCGGCAUCAACUCUACGCCUCUGACCGUGGAUACCAGAGUUCCUAGUACUUCCCAGAAGCAUGUGAACUUCGCAUCUCCCCCGGCCAUUCCUAUAUCACCUGUGUCGUACCCGCCGUCUCCCGAAUCCACACGGCAGGACCUCUCCUCUCCCUUUCCUAGUCCUGGGGCGACAUUUACAUUUCCGCCUCCGACCGAUUAUGUCCAGGCUCUGGGGACAGAUCCGUUUGCACAGGAAGCUUCCGAUGGCGAGGACGAUGCAGUAAUAGGAGUCGCAUUGGAAAAUGCAAGAGUCAAUACAACCAUCACUGUCUCAACAACGACACCUUCACAGGUUUCUAAAGAGGAUGCAGUAAGGGAAACCCUGAGUCGCUUCGCUAGUGGUCCCCGCAGGGCACCUGGCGGUCAGCCCUCUAGUGUAAAAGAACAGAGCGGGUCGGCAAAGCCAACAAUGGACGUGGAUGCUUUCAAGAGACUGCUGCUCACAGGUGAACGAGGUGCUCCGUCUUCCGUAGCACUGGCACGGGAUGUUAUGGUGCAAGGCGGCCACCCAGUUCCCAUCCAACCUGUAAGCGACAGUGGUUCCAGCGCCGAUACCGCCUCAAUCUCACAGCACUCAAUCUUCGAGGCUGUUGCGCUUCCGCCUGAUGGGAGCCCGCGAACCUCAGACGACUUGGACGUACAUGAAGCAAAUGAGCAGAGGGUCGGCUUCAGAGCAGCUCCACAGAGUAAGAAGAAGCCUGCUCCUCCGAAGAGUCGACGAGGAAAGCCUCUGAUAGAAUCCGGCGGAGAGCAAGGACCGACGGCAACCUUUGACCACUUUAUCGACUCUCUUACCUCACGCGAAAGCCGACACAUUAGCUCAGAAAAUUCUCGGCCAAUACCACCCGGCGCAGAUGGGAGUCCAACAAACGAGAACGUUACUACAGCCGGCGGAGUUGAAGCACACAAGCGAGUACCGCCACCACCUCCGUUGGCUCGUCGGAAGAGCCAUCACGCCCCGGGCAAACCGGACCUGACCAGAAGCAGCUCCGCAGGACAUUCUGUACUGACUGACGGUGACACCCCUUCCAGUCCGUUGUCUAUCAGUUCAACACAUAAGCUUCCUCCUCUACCUCCUGCGCGACGCUCGACCCAUACUGGUGAGCGAAGGCCCUCCUUGGAUGUUGCUCAUGGCACUCCUACUACAGAAAGCGCCAGCAUUCACCACGCCCCAUAUCAUGGAGUAACGGCCUCCCCCCAACCGAGUCCUAGCCUCUCCGACACUAUCCCACCAUACACCAAUCGGUUGAGCGAAGCGCAUCCUCCUCCAGUCCCUCCGCCUCGUCGGGCCCGAGGAUCGAGCAGAAGUAGCGUUGAAACGCAACGGCCGUCAAUGACAGCCCUGGGACUGAGAGAACAAAGAGGCAGCAACGCUAGUACCAGGCGUAUUUCAACGGACCCAAACGACAUAUUGGCAGAUCUGGCGGCUCUUCAGAGGGAGGUUGAUGCUGCCAGGGCAAGUGCAGAAGGAGGAUGA